UGUCAGAAGCAAGCUUGUGGUUUCUGGAGUGGAGACGACCUUUUGUGUGCUAGAAUUUGAUGAAAUGAAGAGUGCAAUGGAUGUCCAAUGAAAAUUUAAGAUGAAGCAUCAGAAAGCAGCAUCAACCAGAAAGACAGUCUACAACUGGCAUGGAAGAGGUGAAAAACUUCAAUUAUUAAACUUACGACCGUCAAGUCUGGUAGAAAUUCAACUUUUAAUUGAAGAAAGUGAAGAACGUUUUACGGAAGAUCAAAUGAAUGAAAUCUUGGCAGUUGUGACUGAAACAUUACCUCCUGCUCCAGACACUGAAAGCAAACCACCAUCAGAAGCUGAGUUUGAUGAAAAUUGCUGAUAAAUAAUGGAAUGUAAAUAAAAAAUGUGUGAUACAGUCAAAAGUCGUUAAUCCGGACAAGUCGGGACUUCGGCGAUUCCGGAUUACCGAUUUUUCCGGAUUAUAGAUCAUCAGUUUAAAUCUCGUAAGAUGGCAU